CUUGGUGUUCAACCGUGCAUCGUGUGUGGUUGAUAGCAGAAGCUCCAUUACUUGCUCCAACUAUCGACUACUCAUUUUUUACAAGAGCGUAAAACACUUUUCUAGACUUCAAAAUGCGUGAAUGUAUCUCAAUCCACGUUGGCCAGGCUGGAGUCCAAAUUGGUAAUGCCUGUUGGGAAUUAUAUUGUCUGGAGCAUGGCAUUCAGCCUGAUGGUCAGAUGCCAUCAGACAAAACUAUUGGAGGAGGUGAUGACAGUUUCAACACUUUCUUUAGUGAAACAGGUGCCGGAAAACAUGUUCCCAGAGCUGUUUUCAUCGACUUAGAGCCAACAGUAGUCGACGAGGUUCGCACAGGCACUUACCGUCAACUCUUCCAUCCAGAACAGUUGAUCACAGGCAAAGAAGAUGCUGCAAAUAAUUAUGCUCGCGGUCAUUACACGAUCGGCAAAGAGAUUGUUGAUCUCGUAUUGGACCGUAUUCGCAAACUCGCAGACCAAUGUACCGGACUCCAAGGUUUUCUUAUUUUCCACUCGUUUGGAGGUGGUACCGGCUCUGGCUUCACAUCGCUGUUGAUGGAACGUCUGUCCGUGGAUUAUGGAAAGAAGUCGAAAUUGGAGUUCGCAAUUUAUCCAGCACCCCAAGUGUCUACUGCUGUGGUUGAACCCUACAAUUCAAUCCUGACCACUCACACCACUUUAGAACAUUCCGAUUGUGCAUUUAUGGUCGAUAAUGAGGCUAUUUACGACAUCUGCCGCCGUAACCUGGAUAUUGAGAGACCAACGUACACCAACUUGAAUCGUCUGAUUGGACAAAUCGUUUCUUCCAUUACUGCCUCGCUUCGAUUCGAUGGCGCUCUCAAUGUCGACCUGACGGAAUUCCAAACUAACUUAGUACCUUAUCCCAGAAUUCACUUCCCUCUGGUAACCUACGCGCCAGUCAUUUCUGCAGAGAAGGCUUACCACGAACAGCUGUCGGUCGCAGAAAUCACGAAUGCCUGCUUUGAGCCAGCCAAUCAGAUGGUAAAAUGUGACCCACGACAUGGAAAGUACAUGGCGUGCUGUAUGUUGUACAGAGGAGACGUUGUACCUAAGGAUGUUAAUGCAGCCAUCGCCACUAUCAAGACAAAGCGUACCAUCCAAUUCGUAGAUUGGUGUCCAACUGGGUUCAAAGUUGGUAUUAACUAUCAACCACCCACGGUUGUACCAGGUGGUGACCUCGCUAAAGUACAGCGAGCUGUCUGCAUGUUGUCGAACACCACAGCUAUCGCUGAAGCUUGGGCCCGUCUUGAUCAUAAAUUUGACUUGAUGUACGCCAAGAGAGCAUUCGUUCACUGGUACGUCGGUGAGGGUAUGGAGGAAGGUGAAUUUUCUGAAGCACGUGAAGAUCUUGCUGCUUUGGAGAAGGAUUAUGAAGAAGUUGGUAUGGAUUCUGCAGAAGGUGAGGCAGAAGGAGCCGAAGAAUAUUAAACUCAUCAUCAAGGUUUUUCAAUGACGUCUUCAUCAAUGAUGAAUAAAUAAAAUAACAGAAUUUGCAAUUGUUA